GCUCGUCAAUAAAUAUCGCAAGCAAUAUACUCUCUUUAAAGCUUCACUCAUACAAACUGCUAAUACUAAAUCAAUAACUCCAACACCAUGCCGCGCUGCUACAUGGUAAAGAAACAGAGCAACAAGUAUCAAGCUGCGAAUAGAGAUUAUUGGGAUGAAUCAACCGCAACUGGUGGAGCCCCAGUGAGCCCAACGGAGGCCUGCGUCGCACCAUCAUACUACAGCCCCCCAUCCAAGCAUUCGGGUUACCAACAGGAAUUCGUUCCGAACGGAUCCUUAGAGAGAACCUCGCCUCUUGUUAAGACAGAAGACGUCAUUUCAGAACGAGAUGGUGGAAUUCCAAUUUUUAGAAUACGAAGUCCCGAAGAAACCGAAGCGGCGCACGAUUUGUUAUCUUUGUCUCAAAGUCUACCACCUCUGCCUCCGCCAAGCAUUGUCACUAUACAUCGCAGCAUCCCCCAUGGAGAGACACCGUCAUCUCCUACACGAUCUUAUCGGCCCCUAUCCCCCGAGCAAAUUCCGUGUUACCGCACCUCCUCACCUAUUCCCUUAGCUAUUCCGAAUUACCAGCCCCCGAUAGUCUAUGUAGUACAAAUCCCGCAAGCACCCACGCCACCCAUAUCCGAAUGUUCAUCAGAUACGGAAAAUCACACUAUACAUAUAUGUCCCGAUGAUAAUUCUCAGCAGGAAACCGUUACAAUCCAAAGCUUUUCAACUAAUUCGAAGCGUCAAGAUACGAUUUCCAUACAAAGCAUUACAACAAAUACGGACGACAUCCUCAUCCUUCCACUGUCUCCCGAGUCGGAUAAUCGACCUUUAGACACCACAUCGAAAUCCGUUCCCGCGUCUCCCGAGUCUGAUAACGGCAUGCUAAAAGCGACGACAAGCGUCAUCGUUAGUCCGCUCAAACUGAAACCGCCUCCUAUCAGACAACAAUCUGUUAUAAUAUCCACUACGUCAGCGCAUUUGAACAUUCCGGAUAGGCGUAUGCGAAAGCAUGGCGGAAAGAUUACAAAGUUAAUUAAAAAUAUUAAUAAUAACGAUGACCAGAUUGUCGAUCACAAUAUUGAAAUUGAGGACGAGCCCGAUUCGCCGGAACCGAAGAAACCGAAAACGAGAUUCUUCAAAGUCGUUCCAGGAGACUCAGAAGGCAGCUCUAAAUUAGAAGCCGAAGAAGACUCGCCUAAAUCUAGCCGAUACAUCUGCAUGGACUGUGGCAAACAAUACGCAACCUCCAGCAACCUCUCGAGGCACCGACAGACGCAUCGAAGUCUCGACUCGCAAUCGGCCAAAAAAUGCAUGACAUGCGGUAAGGCCUACGUUAGCAUGCCGGCCUUAGCGAUGCACGUACUCACACACAAACUCGCGCACAGCUGCGGCGUCUGCGGCAAACAGUUCUCGCGACCGUGGCUCCUGCAGGGCCACCUGCGCUCGCAUACCGGCGAAAAGCCGUACGGUUGCGCGCACUGCGGCAAGGCGUUCGCCGAUCGGUCCAACUUGCGCGCGCACAUGCAAACGCAUUCGGCCGACAAGAAUUUUCGCUGUUUAAAGUGUAAGAAGACGUUCGCGCUUAAGUCAUAUCUAAACAAACAUCAGGAAUCGACCUGUUGGGAUUACAAUAAGGAGAGCGAUCCGGACGACCCGAACGAUCCGGUCGUCGAAAACGUACGCAAAAUUUUGGGUAACUCUAGCAAUUAA